AGUUCCAUUGGCACAGGCCCGCAUUGAGGAGCUGGAGGAAGAGCUGGAGGCAGAGCGAGCAGCUCGGGCCAAGGUGGAGAAGCAGAGAGCAGACCUGGCCAGGGAGCUGGAGGAGAUCAGUGAGAGGCUGGAGGAGGCCGGUGGAGCCACAUCGGCCCAGAUCGAGAUGAACAAGAAGAGGGAGGCCGAGUUUCAGAAACUGCGCAGAGACCUUGAAGAGGCCACGCUGCAGCACGAAUCCACCGCCGCCACACUGAGAAAGAAACAAGCCGACAGUGUCGCUGACCUGGGGGAGCAGAUCGACAACCUGCAGAGAGUCAAGCAGAAACUGGAAAAGGAGAAGAGCGAACUGCGGCUGGAACUGGACGACGUCGUUUCCAACAUGGAACACGUUGUCAAAGCUAAGAACAAUUUGGAGAAAAUGUGCAGGUCACUGGAAGAUCAGAUGAAUGAAUAUAGAACAAAGGCAGAAGAGGGACAACGUACCAUCAAUGACUUUGCCAUGCACAAAGCCAAACUCCAAACUGAGAAUGGUGAACUUUCUAGGCAACUGGAGGAGAAGGAUUCCCUAGUGUCUCAACUAACUCGAGGAAAACAGUCCAACACUCAACAAAUUGAAGACCUGAAACGACAACUGGAAGAGGAGGUCAAGGCCAAGAACGCCUUAGCCCAUGCUGUGCAGUCUGCUCGCCAUGACUGUGACCUCCUCAGAGAGCAGUAUGAGGAGGAGCAGGAGGCCAAGGCUGAACUGCAGCGUGGUAUGUCCAAGGCCAACUCUGAGGUGGCUCAGUGGAGAACCAAGUAUGAAACUGAUGCCAUCCAGAGGACUGAAGAGUUGGAGGAGGCAAAGAAGAAGCUGGCUCAGCGUCUGCAGGAUGCCGAGGAGGCCGUGGAAGCAGUGAAUGCUAAAUGUUCUUCUCUGGAGAAGACCAAACACAGACUGCAGAAUGAGAUUGAAGACCUCAUGGUGGAUGUGGAGAGGUCAAACGCCGCUGCUGCCGCCCUGGACAAGAAGCAAAGAAACUUUGACAAGGUCCUGGCAGAGUGGAAACAAAAGUAUGAGGAGUCUCAAACAGAGUUGGAAAGCUCUCAAAGGGAGGCGAGGUCUCUGAGCACAGAGCUCUUCAAACUGAAGAACUCCUAUGAGGAAUCUAUUGAGCAUCUGGAGACUAUGAAGAGAGAAAACAAGAACUUACAAGAGGAAAUAUCGGAUCUCACUGAACAAAUCAGUGAGGGUGCAAAGAGUAUCCAUGAGCUUGAGAAGAUCCGAAAGCAGCUGGAGCAGGAGAAGUCCGACAUCCAAACAGCUCUGGAAGAGGCAGAGGCCUCUCUGGAGCAUGAAGAAGGAAAGAUUCUCAGAGUCCAGCUUGAGUUCAGUCAGGUGAAGGCCGACAUUGAGCGCAAGCUGGCGGAGAAAGAUGAAGAGAUUGAACAAGCGAAGAGAAACCAACAAAGAGUUGUGGACAACCUUCAGAGCUCACUUGAGGCUGAGACCCGAAGCAGGAACGAGGCUCUCCGUUUGAAGAAGAAGAUGGAGGGAGACCUCAAUGAGAUGGAGAUUCAACUCAGUCAGGCCAACAGACAGGCAGCUGAAGCUCAGAAACAACUCAAAUCUGUUCAUGCGCACCUGAAGGAUUCUCAAAUCCAACUGGAUGAGUCUCUUCGUGCCAACGAUGAUCUCAAAGAGAACAUCGCCAUUGUGGAGAGACGUAACAACCUCAUUCAGGCCGAGCUGGAAGAACUGAGGGCUGCUCUUGAGCAAACUGAGAGAAGUCGCAAACUUGCUGAGCAAGAGUUGCUGGAUGUCAGCGAGAGGGUGCAGCUGCUGCACUCACAGAACACCAGCCUGUUAAACCAAAAGAAGAAACUAGAGGCUGAUUCAUCUCAACUUCAGAGCGAAGUAGAAGAUGCAGUCCAGGAGUGCAGGAAUGCUGAAGAGAAGGCCAAGAAGGCCAUCACUGAUGCUGCCAUGAUGGCAGAGGAGCUGAAGAAGGAACAGGACACCAGUGCUCACCUGGAGCGUAUGAAGAAGAACAUGGAGCAAACCAUCAAAGACCUGCAGCACCGUCUGGAUGAAGCCGAGCAAAUUGCCAUGAAGGGAGGCAAGAAGCAGGUGCAGAAACUUGAGGCCAGGAUCAGAGAACUUGAGGCCGAAGUAGAAGUUGAGCAGAGAAAGUCUAGCGAUGCUGUGAAGGGCAUGCGAAAGUAUGAGAGGCGCAUCAAAGAGCUAACUUACCAGACUGAAGAGGAUCGUAAGAACCUUGCCCGUCUGCAAGAUCUGGUGGAUAAGCUGCAGUUGAAAGUCAAAUCAUACAAGAGGACUGCUGAGGAAGCUGAAGAACAAGCCAACAGCAACCUCGUCAAGUCCCGUAAGAUUCAGCAUGAACUGGACGAGGCUGAGGAAAGAGCUGACAUCGCAGAGUCUCAGGUCAACAAGUUACGGGCCAAGAGUCGUGAUGUAGGCUCCAAGAAAGGGCAGGAUGAAGAAUGAAGAUCCUGGAACACCUCUGAGUUACCUGUGGUCUCCUCUACCUGAUGGUGAAUCUCCCAUUGGGCUAUCAAGUCAAAUAAAAGCAUCUGCAGUUUAAA